AUGUCUGACGGCGAAGUCGAAGUUGAGGCUCCUCAGGGCUACCCCGUCCUGCCCAAGGACGUUGUUAGCGAGAUCGGCAGCACGAAGCUUUUCAACAAAUGGAGCUACGAGGAUGUCGAGAUCAGGGAUAUUUCGCUCACUGAUUACAUCCAAAUCCGACAGCCGGUCUACAUCUCCCACUCCGCAGGACGAUACGCUGUCAAGCGUUUCCGCAAAGCGCAAUGCCCAAUUAUCGAGCGACUCACCAACUCGCUGAUGAUGAACGGCCGCAACAACGGAAAGAAGUUGAUGGCUGUCCGCAUUGUCGCACACGCUUUCGAGAUUGUCCACAUCAUGACCGACCAGAACCCCAUUCAAAUCGCCGUCGACGCUAUAGUCAACUGCGGACCCCGAGAAGACAGCACACGUAUCGGUAGCGCAGGAACCGUCCGUCGUCAAGCCGUUGACGUUUCGCCACUUCGACGUGUGAACCAGGCCAUCGCUCUCCUCACCAUCGGCGCCAGAGAAGCCGCCUUCCGCAACAUCAAGACCAUUGCUGAGUGCUUGGCGGAAGAGCUUAUCAACGCCGCUAAGGGAAGCAGCAACAGCUACGCGAUCAAGAAGAAGGACGAGUUGGAGCGUGUCGCCAAGAGCAACAGAUAG